AUGAGGGCAGCGGUCUGGCUCGCCCACUUCGCCCUGGGCUUCUGGGCAUCGCUGGCUCUCCGCCAAGAGGUGGCCACCGGCGAGCAGGGGGAGGAGGUCCAGGCCAGCCGAUUCUCCGACUCGGAAAGGAAGCCCCCAUCCAGCCGGGUGCGACGGAGGGGCCACGAAUCCUUGCGCGGACCCAACGUCUGCGGAUCCCGAUACCAUUCCUACUGCUGUCCGGGCUGGAAAACUCUCCCGGGGGGGAACCAGUGCAUCGUCCCCAUUUGCCGGAAUUCCUGCGGCGACGGCUUCUGCUCGCGGCCGAACAUGUGCACCUGUUCCAGCGGGCAGCUCUCGCCCAACUGCGGCGCUCUAGGAGCCCCAUCGUCCUCGUCCUGCGGGGCCAAGUGUCUGAACGGGGGCAGCUGCGACGAGGAGGCCUGCCUGUGCCAGAAGGGGUACACCGGCGCCCACUGCGGCCAACCUAUCUGCGAAGGAGGGUGUCAAAACGGUGGCCGGUGCAUCGGGCCCAACCGCUGUGCCUGCGUGUACGGAUUCACAGGACCCCAGUGCGAGAGAGAUUACCGGACGGGGCCCUGCUUCAGCCAGGUGAACAAGCAGAUGUGCCAAGGGCAGCUGAGCGGCAUCGUCUGCACCAAGACCAUGUGCUGCGCUACCAUCGGCCGUGCCUGGGGCCACCCCUGCGAGAUGUGUCCGGCCCAGCCCCACCCCUGCCGCCGCGGGUUCAUCCCCAACAUCCGUACCGGAGCUUGCCAAGAUGUGGACGAGUGCCAAGCCAUCCCCGGGCUGUGCCAAGGGGGCAACUGCCUCAACACGGUGGGCUCCUACGAGUGCAAGUGCCCGGCCGGUCACAAGCAGAGCGAGACCAACCACAAGUGCGAAGAUGCGGACGAGUGCAGCAGCACGCCCGGCGUUUGCAACGGCGGAGAGUGUACGAACACGGUGGGCAGCUACGUCUGCGCCUGCCCACGAGGCUUCAUGACCAGCCCGGACGGGUCCCGUUGUGUGGACCAACGAAUUGGGACCUGCUUCUCCGCGCUGAUUGGUGGACGGUGCGCAGGGGAGCUUCCUGGCCAGUAUACCAAGAUGCAAUGCUGUUGUGACUCCGGGCGCUGCUGGGCCAUUGGACAAACUCCGGAGAUGUGCCCUGUACGGGGGUCAGAUGAAUACCGCUGGCUGUGCAUCGAAGGUCUUCCGGUCAUUCCGGGCUUCCCUGGCAACUUUCCCGGCCUUCCCAGCUUCGGCCCCAAUGGAGUUGGGCCGGGGAUAAGUGGUCCCGGAGGUUUCGGGCCCAACGGAGCCAACGGACAAGGGGGCAUCCCUGGAUUGCCAGGGACGGGUCCCGGGAGUUCCAGCAUUGGCACCGCGACGCUGAACCAGACGAUCGACAUUUGCAAGCAUUUCACCAACCUCUGCUUGAACGGGCGCUGCAUCCCAACCCCGUCCAGCUACCGCUGCGAGUGCAACAUGGGCUACAAGCAAGACGUGCGGGGCGAGUGUAUCGACAUGGACGAGUGUUCGAGCAGCCCCUGCCUCCACGGUGAUUGUGUGAACACCCCUGGCUCCUAUCACUGCAAGUGCCAUGAAGGUUUCCAGAGCACUCCCACCAAACAAGCCUGCAUUGAUAUCGACGAAUGCAUCAUGAACGGUGUGAUGUGUCGGAACGGGCGCUGUGUGAACACUGAUGGCAGCUUCCAAUGCAUCUGCAAUGCCGGUUUUGAAAUCACACCGGACGGCAAAAACUGUGCAGGAAGGGAACAACACUUGCUAAUGGCCACUGUCUUUCCUACUGCAGACGUCGACGAGUGUGAGACUCCGGGAAUUUGUAUGAACGGCUGGUGUAUCAACACCGAGGGCUCGUUUCGGUGCGAGUGCCUGGGAGGGCUGGCCAUCGGCGUGGACGGGCGAGUCUGUGUGGAUACCCACGUCCGCAGCACCUGCUACGGUGGCAUCAAGAAGGGCACUUGCGCCCGUCCCUUCCCUGGAGCCGUCACCAAAUCUGAGUGUUGCUGUGCCAAUCCAGACCACGGAUUCGGAGAGCCGUGCCAGCCUUGCCCCGCCAAAAACUCCGCUGAAUUCCAAGCGUUGUGCAGCAGCGGGAUAGGCAUCACAGCGGAUGGACGAGAUAUUAACGAGUGCGCCUUGAACCCGGACAUCUGCCCCAACGGCAUGUGCGAAAACCUCCGAGGGAGCUAUCGCUGCAUUUGCAAUCUGGGCUACGAAUCGGACCCCACUGGGAAGAACUGUGUGGAUGUUGACGAGUGCGCCAUCAAUCGCCUGUUGUGUGACAAUGGCUUGUGCCGCAACACGCCUGGGAGCUAUAGCUGCAGCUGCCCCAAGGGGUUUGUCUUCCGGACCGAGACAGACACGUGUGAAGAUAUUAACGAGUGUGCCUCCAGCCCCUGCGUCAACGGGAUCUGCCGGAACAACGCUGGGUCCUUUGCCUGCGAGUGCUCGCCUGGAAGCAAACUGGAUCCCAGCGGCACCAUUUGUGUUGACAGCAUGAAGGGCACCUGUUGGCUCAACAUCCAAGAAGGACGCUGUGAAGUCAACAUCAAUGGGGCUACCUUGAAGUCCGAAUGCUGUGCCACAUUGGGAGCUGCCUGGGGCAGCCCCUGUGAACGCUGUGAGAUCGAUGCCGCCUGUCCACGAGGUUACGCCAGGAGGAAGGGUCUCUCUUGUGAAGAUGUGAACGAGUGUGACGUCUUCCCGGGUGUCUGCCCCAACGGCCACUGCGUGAACACGGCAGGGUCCUUCCGAUGCGAAUGUCCAGAAGGCUUGACCUUGGAUGGUUCUGGCCGGACCUGCGUGGACGUGCGGCUGGAGCAGUGUUACAUGAAGUGGGCCGAGGACGAGUGCACCGUGGCGCUGCCAGGGAAAUACCGCAUUGACCUUUGCUGCUGCUCCGUUGGCGCGGCCUGGGGCAAGGACUGUGAGGAAUGCCCCAAGCCCGGCUCGGCCGAAUUCAAAGCCAUCUGUCCGCGGGGACCUGGUUUUGCCAACAGGGGAGACGUCUUAUCCGGCCGGCCUUUUUACAAAGAUGUGAACGAAUGCAAGAUGUUCUCUGGACUGUGCACCCACGGCACCUGUCGCAACACCAUCGGGAGCUUCCGGUGUCUCUGCGGCAGUGGCUUCGCUCUGGACGCCGAGGAGAGGAACUGCACAGAUAUAGACGAGUGCCGGAUCUCCCCAGACCUGUGUGGCCACGGCGCCUGCGUCAACACGCCCGGCGGUUUUGAGUGCGAAUGCUUCGAAGGCUACGAGAGUGGCUUUAUGAUGAUGAAGAACUGCAUGGAUAUUGACGAAUGCGAACGAGACCCUCUCCUGUGCCGGGGAGGGGUCUGCGUCAACACCGAGGGCAGCUUUGAGUGCCUUUGCCCUCCGGGGCAUGAACUGACGGCCGAGGGCAGCGUCUGCGUGGAUAUCAACGAGUGCUCCCUCAGUGACAGUCUGUGUCGGAACGGGCGCUGUGUGAACGUCGUUGGCACCUACCAGUGUGCCUGCGACUCCGGGUAUCAGGCCACCCUAGACCGGCAGGGCUGCGUCGAUAUCGACGAGUGCACCAUCAUGAACGGCGGCUGCGACACCCACUGUGCCAACGCGGAGGGCAGCUACGAGUGCAGCUGCGGGGAAGGCUACGCGCUGAUGCCGGAUAAGCGGUCCUGCGUGGGUGAGCGGCCGCGCGGGGGUCCCGGGAGAGAAUCCUGCUGAAACCUACUUGCUUUCCUUUAAGAAGAGAGAGUGCGUGCGUGCGUGCAUGUGAACGAGUGUGACCUGAACCCCAACAUCUGCCUGCACGGCGAAUGCGAGAACACCAAAGGCUCCUUCAUCUGCCACUGCCAGCUGGGCUACUUUGUCAAGAAGGGGACUACAGGAUGCACAGACAUUGACGAGUGUGAAAUUGGGGCUCACAACUGUGACAUGCACGCUUCAUGCAUCAACAUCCCAGGGAGCUUCAGGUGUAAAUGCCGGCUGGGCUGGCUCGGCGACGGGUUCAAGUGCAACGAUCUAGACGAGUGUGCCACCGAGGCACACAGCUGCAACCUCAACGCCAACUGUCUGAACACGCCGGGCUCGUUCCGCUGCGCGUGCCAGGAGGGCUUCGGCGGUGACGGCUACUCUUGUUCGGAUGUGGACGAAUGUGCCGACAAUGUCAACCUCUGUGAGAACGGGCAGUGUCUCAACGCCCCUGGGGGCUACCGGUGUGAGUGCGAAAUGGGCUUCAACCCAACUGAUGACAGCAAGGCUUGCCAAGACAUUGAUGAAUGCACCUUCCAAAAUAUCUGCGUUUUCGGUACCUGCCAGAAUCUUCCCGGGAUGUUCCGCUGCGCCUGUGAUGAUGGAUACGAGCUGGACAGGAGUGGCGGCAACUGCACAGACAUCAACGAGUGUGCCGAUCCGGUGAACUGCAUCAACGGGCUUUGUGUCAACACGCCGGGCAGCUACCUCUGCAACUGUCCUCAGGACUUUGAGCUGAACCCUACCGGGGUGGGGUGUGUCGACACCCGAGUGGGGAACUGUUUCCUGGACACGCAAGACCGCGGUGACGGCGGCAUCUCCUGCAGUGCGGAAAUCGGCGUGGGGGUCACCCGGGCCUCCUGCUGCUGCUCCCUGGGCCGGGCCUGGGGCAACCCUUGCGAACUCUGCCCAGCUGCCAACACCACCGAAUACAAGACCCUCUGUCCGGGCGGCGAAGGCUUCCGGCCCAAUCCCAUCACGGUCAUUUUGGAAGACAUAGACGAAUGCCAGGAACUGCCCGGCCUGUGCCAGGGGGGCAAUUGCAUCAAUACCUUUGGGAGCUUCCAGUGCGAGUGCCCCCCGGGCUAUUAUCUGAACGAGGACACCCGUAUUUGUGAAGACAUCGACGAGUGCUCUGCUCACAUCGGCAUCUGCGGGCCGGGGACCUGUUACAACACACUCGGCAACUACACCUGCGUUUGUCCCCCGGAGUACAUGCAAGUCAACGGAGGGAACAACUGUAUGGACAUGCGGAAGAGCCUUUGCUACCGCAACUACAAUGACACCUGCGAGGACGAGCUUUCCUUCAACAUGACCAAGAAGAUGUGUUGCUGCUCCUACAACAUCGGCAAAGCCUGGAACAAGCCCUGCGAGCCCUGCCCCACGCCGGCCAGCACUGAAUACCAGAUCCUGUGCGGCAACCAGGCGCCCGGCUUCAUCAUUGACAUCCACACAGGGAAACCAAUUGAUAUCGACGAAUGCAGUGAGAUUCCAGCCAUUUGCACCAAUGGCGUCUGCAUCAACCAGAUUGGCAGUUUCCGUUGCGAGUGUCCCAUUGGCUUCAGCUACAACAACAUCUUGCUGAUCUGUGAAGACAUUGACGAAUGCAGCGGAGGGGAAAACCUCUGCCAACGAAACGCCGAUUGCUUAAAUAUCCCCGGCAGUUACCGGUGCGAAUGCUCUUCGGGAUACAAGUUGUCGCCGAGCGGAGCGUGCGUAGGCCGGAACGAGUGCCAAGAAAUCCCCAACGUCUGCAGCCACGGGGAUUGCGUGGACACGGAAGGGAGUUACCUGUGCAUCUGCUUCAACGGGUUCAAAGCCACGGGGGACCUGACCAUGUGCAUGGACAUUGACGAGUGUGACCGCCAGCCCUGUGGGAACGGCACGUGCAAGAACACGGUGGGGUCCUACAACUGUCUCUGCUUCCCGGGCUUUGAGCUGACCCAUAACAACGACUGCAUGGAUAUCAAUGAGUGCUCCUCCCUCGCCGGGCAGGUCUGCCGCAACGGACAGUGCAUCAACAACGUGGGCUCCUUCCGGUGCCUCUGCCAGGAGGGCUACGACCACACGCCGGAUGGCAAGAAUUGCAUUGACAUCAACGAGUGCGUCAGCCUGCCAGGGACCUGCUCCCCGGGAACGUGCCACAAUUUGGAAGGCUCCUUCCGCUGCAUCUGCCCUCCCGGCUACGAAGUGCAGAACGACAACUGUAUCGACAUCAACGAGUGCGAGGAAGACCCCAACAUCUGUCUCUUUGGCACCUGCACCAACACACCUGGCACCUUUCAGUGUAUCUGCCCGCCUGGCUUUGUCCUGUCUGACAACGGACGGCGCUGCUUUGACACCCGCCAGAGUUUUUGCUUCACCCGCUUCGACAACGGCAAGUGCUCGGUGCCCAAAGCCUUCAACACCACCAAGGCCCGAUGCUGUUGCAGCAAGAUGCCAGGCGAGGGCUGGGGAGACCCUUGUGAGCUUUGCCCCCAGGAAGGCAACGUUGCCUUCCAAGAGCUGUGUCCGUACGGCCACGGCGCCAUUCCGGGACUCGGAGACUCGCGAGAAGACGUGAACGAGUGCGCGGAGAACCUGGGUAUCUGUAUUAACGGCGCCUGCAUCAACACGGACGGGUCCUUCCGCUGCGAAUGCCCCUUCGGCUACAACCUGGACUACACCGGGGUCAACUGUGUGGACACGGACGAGUGUUCCAUCGGCAACCCGUGUGGGAACGGCACUUGCACCAAUGUGAUCGGGGGCUUUGAGUGCACCUGCGACGAAGGAUUUGAGCCGGGGCCAAUGAUGACCUGUGAAGAUAUGAACGAGUGCGCCUUGAACCCGCUGCUCUGCGCCUUCCGGUGCCUCAACACGCUUGGUUCCUACGACUGCACCUGCCCAGCCGGGUACACCUUGCGGGACGACCGCAGAAUGUGCAAAGAUUUGGACGAGUGUGCCAAAGGCUUGCACGACUGCGAAUCUCACGGGAUGAUGUGUAAGAAUCUGAUUGGCACCUUUGCUUGUAUCUGCCCACCUGGGAUGCAACGCCGGCCGGACGGUGAAGGCUGCACAGACGAGAACGAAUGCCGGACCAAGCCGGGGAUCUGCCCCAACGGGCGGUGCGUGAACACCGUGGGCAGCUACCACUGCGACUGCAACGAAGGCUUCCAGAGCAGCCCAGCGGGCACCGAGUGCCUCGACACCCGCCAAGGCUUCUGCUUCAUCGAAGUGCUCCAGACGCUCUGCCAGAUGUCGGCCACCAACCGGCAGCAGGUCACCAAGUCCGAGUGCUGCUGCAACGGAGGGCGAGGCUGGGGGCCCCAGUGCGAAUCCUGCCCCUUCCUGGGCACGGCCCACUACAAGAAGAUGUGUCCCCACGGGCCGGGCUACACGACGGACGGGAGAGACAUCGACGAAUGCAAAGUCCUUCCCAAGCUUUGCCAGCACGGCCAGUGCAUCAACACGGUGGGCUCCUUCCGGUGCCACUGCGACCUCGGCUACACCCUGGACAUCACCGGGACCCUCUGCCAGGAUUUGGACGAGUGUUCCACGAAGCAGCACAACUGUCAGUUCCUCUGCGUGAAUAUCAUUGGGGGGUUCAACUGCAAGUGCCCCCCAGGAUUUACCCAGCACCAUUCUUCCUGCAUCGACAACAACGAGUGCAGCGCUCAGCCCACCCUUUGCGGGUCCAAAGGACAAUGUCUGAACACCCCCGGCAGUUACAACUGCGAGUGUCAGAAGGGAUUCAUUCUGGAUAACUCCGGAAGCAGUUGCGAAGACGUGGACGAGUGCGACGGGAAUCACCGGUGUCAGCAUGGCUGUCAGAACGUGCUCGGGGGAUACCGCUGCGGCUGCCCCCACGGCUACGUCCAGCACUACCAGUGGAACCAGUGCGUGGAUGAGAACGAGUGCUCGGGCUCCGCGGUCUGCGGUUCGGCCUCCUGCUACAACACGCUGGGGAGCUUCAAGUGCGUCUGCCCGUCUGGCUUCGACUUCGACCAGGCCCUGGGGGGCUGCCAGGACGUGAACGAGUGCGCCGCCGGAGGGAGCCCCUGCAGCUACGGAUGCUCCAACACCGAGGGGGGCUACCUGUGUGGCUGCCCCACCGGCUACUUCCGGGCAGGGCAAGGGCACUGUGUCUCAGGACUUGGGUUCGCCAAGGAAAGCUAUUUCUCGGCCCCCCCGGAAGAGGACGAGGAGAAUCUGCUGUCUCCGGAAGCCUGCUACGAGUGCAAGAUCAACGGAUACCCCAAGAGAGGCCGCCAGCGGCGCAGCGUGAACGGCACCCAGGCCCACCAGGAUCCGGGGCUCAGCCUGGCCAGCAUCGACGUCGAGGCGCCCCUGGUGUUCGCCUUCAACCUGUCGGACCUGGGCCGGAAGACCCACAUCCUGGAGCUUCUCCCCGCCGUGGAACCCCUGGAGAACCACAUCCGCUACGUGAUCGCCCAGGGCAACCGGGACGCCCACUUCCACAUCCAGCAGAAGGAAGGGCUGAGUUACCUCCACCUGGGCCGCAAGCCGGCCGGCCCCGGGACCUACCUGUUGCAGAUCGUCAGCGUGCCCGUCUCCCGCCCGCGAGAACUGCAGAAACUGGAGGCCGGCAAGGAACUCAACUCCGCGGCGGACGGAGAGAUGGGCCACGCCCUGAAGAUGAAGCUGCAGCUUCACCUCUUUUAA